AACUUGAAUGUGAUGGAUACCAAAGUAACAAGUCACAUACUUUCUCGCUAACCUGCCCUUGUGCUUGAUAUGAAGAUUUCGAGUUACAACUGAUGCUCAUAAUUUGUUUGAAGAAUUGCUCAAAUCAAAUUCAGCAUGAAUGUCUUGCUCAACUCUGCUUGCAAACGCCCUUUGGGUUAAAUUAUGAGAGUUUUAAUCUCACUUUAUUCCACAUUGCCCCCAAUAUCAACACCGUUACCUCUCCAGUUGCAAGAGCUGUGCAGUGUUGUUACGAGCAAUGUUGGUGGGUUAAAUGAAUUGGAGUUUAGUCUGAAUAAGUAUAGAGAUUCUUUGACUUCAUCUCUUGUAACUCAGGCUAAUGAUUCUUGUAAGCAUGAGGCACAUACUAGGAGAUUGCUCAGGUUCUUCUUAUGGUCUAGUAAGAAUUUGAGUUGUAAGUUAGAAGAUAAAGAUUAUAACUACGCUCUUCGAGUUUUCACAGAAAAGAAAGACUACACAGCGAUGGAUAUCUUGUUUGGAGACCUGAAGAAGGAGGGUCGAGUUAUGGAUGCCGAGAAUUUUGGUCUUGUAGUCGAGACUUUGGUCAAAUUGGGGAAAGAAGAUGAGGCAUUGGGUUUUUUUAAGAAUUUGGACAAGUACAAGUUCUCUAUUGACGAAUUCACAGUUACUGCAAUCAUUAAUGCUCUCUGUUCUAGAGGGCAUCCUAAGAGGGCUGAAGGGGUAGUUUGGCAUCACAAAGACAAGAUUGCAAGCACAAUGCUUUGCAUAUACAGAAGUAUCCUUUACAGGUGGUCUGUGCAGAGGAAUGCGAAAGAAGCUAGGAGGAUUAUUCAAGAGAUGAAAUCAAAUGGGGUUGCCCCAUAUUUAAUUUGUUACAACACAUUCCUUAGAUGCCUUUGUGAGCGGAAUCUUAGACGUAAUUUUUCAAGGCUUGUGCUUGAAGCCUUAAAUGAAAUGAUGGAGAUGAAGUCUUACAAGGUUUUUCCAACCUCGAUCAGUUACAACAUCUUGCUCUCAUGUUUAGGAAAGACCAGAAGGGUUAAAGAAUCUUUUCAAAUACCUAAAAAAAUGAAACAUUCUGGUUGUGCUUCAGAUUGGGUCAGCUAUUAUCUUGUAGCAAAGGUGUUGUUUCUGACUGGCAGAUUCGGCAAAGGAAAAGAUAUAGUGGAUCAAAUGAUCGGAAAUAGUUUGGUACCAAACCAUAAGUUCUACUAUAGUUUGAUUGGUAUUCUCUUUGGGGUUGAAAGGGUGAAUCGUGCUCUUGAACUUUUUGAGAAAAUGAAGAGAAGUUCACUGGGUGGUUACGGACCAGUGUAUGAUGUGCUCAUUCCAAAGCUUUAUAGAGGAGGGGAUUUUGAGACGGGAAAAGAGCUAUGGGAUGAAGCCACAUGCAUGGGGAUCUCUCUUCAGUGCUCAAGGGAUGUUUUGGAUCCUUCAAUAACACAAGUUUUCAAACCUAAAAGGCCAGAAAAAAUCAGCCUUAAGGACAGCACAAUAACUAAGCCUCCAAAUAAAGUAAAAAAACUUUCAAGUAAAAUGAAGGUGAUGAGAACAAAAUUUGCUUCAAUGAAGAAGAAAAAGAGAAGAAAUAAAUAAAUAAAUCUACAGCACCUAUAAUGGCUUGAUUAUCUAUGUAGUUGUUCUCUGUUCCCUCUCUUCCAUAGUAUAAAGGCUUGCUUAUCUUGGAUUAGCAUUCUACUCCUGCAUGUUGUUCUAGUUAAUUGUUAACUGUAUGCUAUCUCUAGCCUUGGACAUAUUCUGCAUUUUUUAUACCAGAUUCUGGGAAAUUAUGUAAUUUCAUUUCCUGACAUGAAUUACCUUGGCCAAUCAA